UUUAGUCGCUUGCGAGUCAGUGUCCUUACAGCCGCUUGUUCUGUUGGUCUGCCCGAUUGUUUGGUGCAAGCUUCCAGUCGUUUCACUGCCUUUUUGGCUGAUCCCAUUGAAAAUAUACCAGAGCCUGAUCUUCGUGAAAUUGUCUACUUCUAUGGCAUGCAAACUGUGGGUAAACAACAACAAUGGGAACAAAUGUGGGAUCUGUUUGUGGCCGAACAGGAUGCCAGUGAGAAGACCAAACUGAUGUAUGGUCUAUCAGCCGUACGAGUUCCUUGGCUGCUAAAGAGAUACAUUGAUUUGGCUGCCAACGAAGAAUAUGUUCGUAGUCAGGAUUACUUCAAUUGCAUUCAAUACAUUGCUGCCAAUCCUGUGGGCGAACCCAUCGUUUGGGAAUUUGUUCGUGAAGAAUGGCCCAAUUUGGUGGGACGCUUUGGUUUGAACGAUCGCUAUAUGGGUCGCAUGAUACCAGCAAUCACGGAACGCUUCACCACCGAAACCAAGUACGAAGAAAUGACUGAAUUCUUUGGUAAAUAUCCUGAAGCCGGUGCGGGCACUGCCUCGCGCAAACAGGCUUUGGAGACUGUUAAAUAUAACAUCAACUGGCUGAAGACUAAUUUGGAUGAGGUCACCAGUUGGUUGCACCAACAUAAUGAUGUGUAGUGAGCCAAUAAAAUUAAAUAAAGAGAUAUUUCAACAGCGUAUUGUGAAUAUUGUAACAAAGCUACAAUAAUUUUAAAGUCAUUGUAUGGUUUGUAUUUUAUGUUGUUUGUAUUUCUUACACCGUUGGAUGACGGGUAUAUUGAUUUUAAAACCCGUCUUAUAGAAAUUGUGCCUUAGAGAAAAUGUCAUAAGAAUAGCUAAAUUUUUCAUGUCAUUUCAUUUAUUUGAUACGUUGUAAGCCUAGCACAAUGAGAAUAGUAUUAUUAUUC